CUUCACUGCACACAUUUCUGCUUUUAUAUAGUCUACCUCAAAGAUCUUUACACUAAAAUUGUGUGUUACAACAUGGCUACUCCAUUCUAUAUCAAAGCUGCUCUCCUAAAAUCUUGCAACAUCUCGGUCUUAAACCCAGAUACACCCCUCCAAGACUUCCUACCUCGCUGGUCCUCCUCUGCGGUCUCUAUCCUCUACACCAUUGUCAAGCCAGCCACAGAAUCCGACAUCCUUCCAUCGUCACAUACGCUGUAUCCCAAAAGCUAAAAUCAUCCCCGCAAACGGUUGGUAUGCUUCACUCGUCCCCAUCACCUCAGGCUCUAUAUACCUCGACAUAAACUGCUUUAAAGCCGUGAGUCUAGACGCAGAGGAUCAUGGGGCGGAGAUAGG